UUUUUCUUGUUUUAGUAUCGAACAAACAAUGACAAUGCCACGACGUUGGGGUCUAUCAAGACCUCAAAACGAACGGAAAUUAACGCGAGAAGCAAGCACAAGUAUGGAAGAAUUAACAUUUUCGACGCAUCUUUCAAACGCGCCUCCUGGAAAUGUAAUUAGACCAAAAUCGAUGUGUCUCCCCGAAUUUUUUAACCAAGAUGAUGAUCGACCGAAUGAGGAGGAAAAUUUUUAUUCGACACCUUUCGAUUUGUUACCACCGGAUGUGUACAGACCGAGUUCUGGGUUGGAAAAAAUUAAGAAAUCAAAUCGAGAUAGAAGCAGAAGAAGAACGAGGAAGAAUCCGGUUCAAAGAGCAGCUUCGAGACUUUAUAAAGCGACUAAUGAAAAUGUUUUUAUUGGUGAAACUCAUGAAAGAAAUUGUAUUGGACCCGAAUUUGUUGUACGCGCUUCUUUGGCGAGUAAACAAUUUACAAUGGUUGAUUCGAAAGGUGGUACAAAAAAAUCAGUAACCGUUAUUUUAUUAAACGGGCAAAAAAUCGAUGUGUUAUGUAACCCAAAUAAUACAACAGCAGGGCAAUUAUUUGAGUUAAUUAUUCGUAAAGAGCAUAUUGGUGAAAAUUUUAUGCUGGGAUUAUCGGCUUUAAUCGCGGGGGAUUUUGUAUUUUUACCAUCAGAUACAAGAAUAAGUAAAGUACUCCUUUCAGGGGGUGGUUCACAAGUUGCUUUAACCCUAUUUAUGCGAGUACGAUUUUUUUUACCAUCGCUAAGAGGAAUUCGAGGAAAUCAAGCGCGACAUCUACUUUAUUUACAACUAAGAAGAUCAAUUUUAGAGCACCAAUUACCAUGUUCUUUCACUCAAUUAGUUGAAUUAGACGGGUUAGCCCUCCAAGCAGAAUUUGGCGAUUUUAACGAAAGAGAGCAUGGAACGCGAGAUUAUUUUUUAUUGGAACAUUACGUCCCUGAAACUAUGAGUUGCGCUGUCGAUGAUCCAACUACUUUAAAAUACGACUUAAUUAGAGCUCACAAAUACAAAAAGGGUCUUGAUCCGGAAAGGGCGGAAGAAGAUUUUAUCCUUUUAGCACAAACUUUACCACAUUAUGGUGGACAUUUUUAUACAGCCACGUGGGCCCUUAAAGACAAUAACAAAAACGUUUGGUUAUACAUAAGCGCCCAAGGAAUUAACAUCUACGAAAGAGGUAAUUCUUCAACCCACAACGGCCCAAUGCUGUGCGAAUCGUUCGAAUGGCGUUCAAUCCAAACUUUAUGCUACAGCAAACAAUAUUUAUGCGUAUUACCUCACGCCGUUAAAUUACACAGAUCGAAAUUAAAAAAAUAUAAACUCAAAAUGGACCAUAAAAAGAGUUAUUUCACGUUCCGUUUAGCUUCCCUCCACCACCAAUUCUUUCUACGCCUUCGAACCGAAUUUACAUCGCUACAAUCGCUCUCUCAACAAUUUGGAAUCCCUUUAAAAGACAUUAAAAACGAAACUAACUCUUUAUUCAAAUUGGAAUCAUUAACCAAUAAUUAUUUAACCUUGGAUAAAGCAUCAGUUAAUGCAGAAACCGAAUUUAGAAUCGAAUUUUGUUCAAAUUCUCGCUCAGAAACGCCAAAAAACACAAAUUUAAGGCGAAGAUCGCGAAGUGCUAAUGAUUUCAAAGAAAUUACGAAUAUUGAAACAUUUCAAAAUAAAGAGAAUGAAAAUUCAAAAAUGAAACAGCUUAAUGGGUUAAUUUUAGAUAGUAGUUGUUUAUCAGGGUUACCAAAUGCUACAAGUUUCGAUAAAAGGAGAGGGGUUAAAAUGGGGAUAAGAGCUUUUGGAACGAAUCAUCGCGUUUCGCGAUCUAUGGAGGCGGUUAAUUCGCUUGGAAAUGAACCAGAUUUAGAACAAUUAAGUUUGCAAAGUGUUUCGAUUCAUUGCAGCACAGUUUCAACCCCUCAAUCACCAAUACAUGAUGCUUACAUCAUUGGAUCAAUUUUAGAGCCCAAAUCGGAAUCACAACAAAUUUUCUCUGACAUCCAAGAAAGUUUAAGCGAAUCACUCCUAAAUAAAUUAAACGCUUUUUCGUAUGAUGAGGAACGUUUUUUGCAAGCAAUCUCAUUAACGAAAGAUGUAAAAGGAAGCUUAGGGAUACAAAUAACUGAAGGUUCUGAUGGGAGAGUUUAUAUCCAAUCGGUUAUAGAUGGUGGCCCAGCUCAAAUAACAGGAAAAAUUAACAAAGGUGAUCAAAUAAUUAGUGUUGAUGGAAAAAAUUUGCUUAGUAUGAAAUACUCGGACGCUUUAGAUUUAUUAAAAAGCACCAACAAAAACGUUAAUUUGAUUUUAUCUCAAAUAAAUCGAAAUAAAACAAAUUCAAAAAUUUCGAAAAAUUUAACAAUCAAUUUAUCGAAAAUAAACGAAUCUCAUUUAAAAAAUUUACGACUCGAACGAACAAUGGAAAAAUUAAAAACGAUUUCAAUCGAAAACGAAACAUUAGAAAAACACGUAACCGAAAAUUGUUACGAUUUAUCAAAUUUAAGAAAAUACCACACAAUUUUUAAUAACCAACCGGAAGUACCAUAUCAUAAACAUAUCAGAUAUGAAAUUGAACCGAAAAAAAACACGAAUAAAUUAAACAAAACCAUAUCGAAAUCAUGUAAUCAAAUUUACACCGAAAAGAAUCAAAAUGAUGAAAAAGAUCGCGCAAUUAUCGUUGAGAUGAUACCGAAACAAACAGGUUUUUAUCGUUCGCUUGACCGCAAACAAGAGUUAAUUAAAUCGGAUGAGAUUCAAACGACGUCGAUUGCUUUGCCGAGAAGCUUGGGAUUAAGUAGAAAAUGGAAAGGGCCCGUUAAAUAUCCGGUUACUCCGGUUAAAAAAAGUAAUGUUGAAGAAAUGACCACUUCUGAUGAGGAACAAGUAUUUAUCUAAAAAUGCAGGAACAAUAAUUAAUUUGUAAGGUUUUAUUAAUAAAAUAUAAAUGAUAAUGAAUAUAGUUUGUAUAACUGUUUUAGAAAAUGCUUGAGAAUUUUGUAGCUCGAAAUGUUAUUUAAUACUGUGUGCCUAUAAACUGAUUAUAUUUUAA